ACACACAAAUGUAAACAUGGCGUUUUCCACGUUCGAAGAUUUUUGAUGAAUUUUUUUGGUCAUUAAUAUUGCAGUAAAAUACGCAAUCUGUGACUCAGGACAGGAUGUGAUUCUAAUUAGAUGACUUAACUGAAGACAUCUGAAUGUAUUUUUGAUAAUUUUUGCCGCACAGGGGCAUGCUCUUCGACAGCUGUUUGAGUGCGAAGUCAUCGUAAAUGGCUUCUCAGGCUAGCGUAAUUCACGGACCGACUAAGCCGGCGGCUACGGCGGAGGGGAGUGGUAGCGAGGACGGUAUGUCGCCCAAUGUAUCGCCCUCCAAGAAGCACAAAUUGCCUGGCAGACACGUCAAUUUUCCUGAGGGGGAUAUUGUUUCAGUUAAAGUGGAUCCUCCUAACCCAUGGAGACAUGCAAAAGGUACAAGCACAGAGGAACUUCAGGCCGUGUAUCAGGCAGCAUGCUACACAAUGAAAGUCAAACCAAACAACAAAGUUGUGCAACAGUUACAGAAUAUCAAAGACUUCUCCAAAAGAACGGAAUGUUUCAGCCUAAAAGGAGAGAAAGUAGACAUCCGUGUAGUUGAAACACUGGAGGAAGUGUUCAAGCGUGUCCAAUUCAACACAGUGGAUAUGGAAGCUUGCAGCCUGGAUGAUGAGGCAGCAGCAGCACUGUUUGACAUGUGUGAAUUCUACGAAUCUGCAAUCAGGCUGGUUCUCGCCUCCAAUCGUUCCAUCGGUGCCAGAGGCUGGCAGGCCGCCUCGCGUCUCCUUAAAAGGGUGUCGUCGUUAGAAUGCCUGGACAUCCGUAACACCAACUGGACAGAGUACAGCAUGCCCAUGCUAGCAAGAGCCCUGCGUGCCGAUAUCACUCUGUCAGCGCUUCACAUGGAAGGAUGCAAUAUAUCCGGCCGACCGCUCUUCUUGCUCUUAAUGGCACUCAAACAAAACAACUCGGUCCGAGACCUGUAUCUGGCCGAGAAUAGACUGGUGCCCUCUGACGCCAUCCACCUGGGAAGCAUGCUGAAACACAACCGGGGCCUCAAGCUACUAGACCUCAGAAAUAACCACGUCCAGGAUGCUGGACUGUCCCAUUUAUGUGAUGGGUUAUUGGAUCAGAUGGAGGGGCAGCUGACCACAUUGGUAUUGUGGAACAAUCAACUCACCCAGAAUGGAAUGACCCAUCUGGCAAAAGCAUUGCCCGUGUUGACGAGUCUUGAGACGUUAAACCUGGGCCAGAAUAACCUUGGUAAUGAUGGAGUCCACAUACUGAAGGAUGCUCUGAUGAAGAAUCGAUCACUGCUGCGACUCGGCCUGUAUGCGUGUAGGUUUGGUGACCAAGGCACGGUAGCCCUUGCGGAGUACGUAGCUGACAACUGGCAGUUAGUCCGGUUGGAUCUGCGUGAGAAUGAACUCCGGACCGGCGGCUUGAUGGCGCUGUCAUACGCCAUGAAGGUCAACAAACAAUUACUGCGACUCGACCUUGAUAAAGACGUCAAACGGGAACAGAUGCGAGGCUAUGAGGACCUUCAGAAAAGCCUUCAGAGCGAGAUCAGCGGUCACAUCCAACGGAACCGGGAGCUCAAUCGCUCCAGGGAUCUUCAGAAACCAGAGGAGGCUAGCUCAGCUCAGCAAGGGGAGAAUGAAAACAGCAGUACCCAACAGCCAAACGGGACAAUAAGCAGUGACAGCAGCAAGGAACAAGAACAGUUAGAUCAUUCAGAAAUGGGACCCCAGAGCCCUACCACACGUGUCAAUCCGAGAACUUUAAACGUCAAGUAUGUGGCAGACCCUUCCUCGCUGCCUGUGGAGACCGAGGCCAGUACUGCCAACAACGACCCUCUGAACUUGGUCAGCUUUGACGGGAACGGCAGCAUAGCAGAAACGUCUUCCAGGAGCAGCGAUAACAGCGUGGGGCAGGAGCCUAUGCAAGACUCGCGCAGAGGCGCCAAGUCAGCCUUGAGAAGAGACUACAAGGAUGAAUUAGACUCCCCCACAGGCGUUCCGUUGGCAAAUAAUAUCCAGUUGCUGGCGCACCCGAUGCAAGCUGCUAUGGCCGCGGCAUCACCGACAAUCCUAUCACAGAGCACUUUGGUCAUGGGGUACGGACAGUUUGACAGUUUUAUGCCAUUGGAGAAUUCCGUGACUAGUGAUAUACCGCCCUCAAUCCCUGACACGGACUUGGUGAAUGAGAAUGCAACUCCGUCCCAAUUCCCCGUAGAAGCAACAACAGAAUCUCCGUCGCAAACAGCAACUCUAGCGUCCGAAACAACAUUGGAUCUCACGGGUCAGGUUGAAACAAAGGACGAUAUGGGUUCUAGCAGAGACCCGCCAAUAGUCAGUAUUGAAGGGAGUGGUAGUGGUGACUCAGUCAGCCUUGUUAAUGGCACUGUGGAGACAGGGAGCAAGACUGAGAGAGAAGGGGUGGAGGGAGCAAAUUGUCAAAAGGAAGCAUUGUCGUCAUCGCCGGAUGAUUUUGAGAAGGAGCUAGACCAGAUUAUGGCCAAGGUUCGGAGUAGCAUGCAGACAGAUAUCAAGAUCUCAUAAAAAUGUGAAAGGCCAAGUUGAGAGCCAAGUUCAUCUGCAAGCCAAACUAACAGCAUAUCCAUGCAACUCAAGACACCUGACCCACACGCAGAGUUCAAAUCACGACAAGGCAUGCUCCUCAUAAAGACCCUACAACUCGUUGCCUUGCCUGCCCCAUGGAGUGUUCUACAGUAGAUUGGAGUAAGCUACAGUGCAUCAUGGGAUAGCAAUGACCCACUCCAUCUCACUUUACAAUUUCACCAGUAACCUGUUUUAGUUAAAGCAAAACUCUCCUGCAUGCUCUGCAAAUUUGCAUUUUCACAACUCAAAGAAGCUGAAGCCCCUGCUUACGUUCUUGACACAGAACAAAAAAGUCCAUGGCCCAAUUUUGUGGCACUGCUAACCUCUGAACUCCCUAUACACUUUUGAUUGCCAGUUUGUGCUUACAGCGCGAGCAUAGAAUUUGUGCGCUAACCCUGUAUUAAGGACAAAAUCCUUAGUAAAUUUUUUCAAACUUUGCAUGGUGGUAGAAUAAAAAGUGAAGGUUUGCGAAAACGCCAAGUGUAUAUCUCUUUUGGGAUGGUAAGAAUUGGUUAGAACGUCAAGUUUUACAACCAAGCAGUUCUUUUCAGAACCAGACACCUUCCCAAAAGAGAUAUCCACAUGGUGUUACUGCAAACCUUUACUAAAAUUCUUAGUACUUAGAAUUUGCAC